AUGCGAGAUCUACCCAUCGAACUUGUUAGCGCUGUCGUUCAGGACGUUUCCGCGACAGUCGAUCUUCUUCAUUUACGCAGCUUAAACCGGUCAUAUAGAGAGCUCGUCACUCCCCACGCAUUCAGCAAGCUUCACAUCAAAAAUAGUAUACAGAGUGCACAAAAUUGCCGCCAGAUCAUUGCUGCCGCAAGCCUUGCUAUUCAUGUUCGAGAAGUUGUCUACGAUUCUCGUGACAAUGAGUGCUUCCGGCUUCCACCCGACAAUGUAGGCAAGGCCGUAUGCAUAGAUUCCGCGGAUGCUGGCAGUGAGCUUGAAGAAGUACUGACUGAUGCAUUUUGCGGAAUAACCGCACUUCCGAAAAUUGAAAGCGUCGUGCUCAACUUUUGGCCGUCAUUUCUCUGCCAGGAGUCGGGGAGAGAGGUCUGCGAGAACCCAUUUUGGUUCAUAAAUCGGCAGCUCACCCUCCUUCACGCCAUUUAUCACGGUAUGAAGACAUCUCGUCUAACUGCCUUGUCCUUCAACAACGUGAUUUUGCCUCCCACUGGCUACGACUUCGUGUCGUCCCUUGUAGAUUCGCCCCUGUCGCAUAUUUCUGUGUCAGUUGUGUCCAAUGCCGAACUCAGUGCUUGGUCAGCUUCAAAUAACAUCAACGGUUCACUUGGAGCACUCUUGCCUCCCUCCAAUCCCACUCUGAAAUCAAUUGUGCUACGUAGCCCCCAAGGCGCCUACCACAGCCUGGCUACUCGGCUUUCUUCAUUCUACUAUCCAUCCCUCGAAUCACUCAUGCUCGAAAAUAUAAUCUUCGAUCAUGCGCCCUCAUUUGAUGGUGUUGAGGAGUUUGUCAUCCGUCACAAGGAUACCCUGCAGCGACUUGAGCUGCAAUCAUGCGCAUGCUACGUGCCGGACCCAGCAACUGAUAUCAGGCAGUGGUCGACCAUCUGGCAGCGAUGGGCUGCCGAACUCACCAGUUUGACAGAGCUCGUCGUUAACAACGGCGAUCACAGAUAUGUCCUCUUCGACACUGAUCGGGGUUAUAUUCCACAUAGAGAAACCAGCACCUUGGCGUACGAGGAUGAUUCAUCAAGUUUGCAGGUGUUCAAAGACAGCAUAGCGGCUGGUCGAGUUGCAGUGGCGUAAUCUAUUUCGAUGUCUGUACCAUCAAGCUAGUCGAUCCUUGAAAUUUUGAUGCAUGGAGUUUCGUGAUGACGGCCUUUAAUAUUUCAGUGACUGAACUUCAUAACAUGACGAGUCGG